AUGAAGAUGGCUUGCCCUGCCCAAUCCAUGCUCUCCGCAAGCAGCUGCGUGCUCCUCAGGAGCAGCAAGCCCCAGCAGGCCACGAUUCCGCGAGGAGGAGGGGGCAUCACCGGCGGCAACAGGUUCUUGACGCUGUCCUGCAAUGCUUCUUCGUCUCCGGACGACUCCGAGUGCAACGACGUGGAGUGCGCCCCGGAGAAGGAGGUCGGGAGCCUGAGCGUGGAGUGGCUGGCGGAGGAGAGGACCAAGGUCGUGGGGACCUUCCCUCCCAAGAAGAAAGGAUGGACCGGCCUCGUCGAGAAGGACACCGCCGGCCAGACCAACAUCUACUCCAUCGAGCCGGCGGUGUACGUGGCGGAGAGCGCCAUCAGCUCCGGCACGGCGGGGACGUCGUCCGAUGGGUCCGAGAACACCGCGGCGCUCACGGGCGGGCUGGCCCUCAUCUUCGUCGCCGGGGCGGCGUCCAUCCUCAUCCAGGUGAGCAAGAACCAGCCGCCCGUGCAGACCCAAUACUCCGGCCCGCCUCUCAGCUACUACGUCGCCAAGUUCCAGCCGGCCGCCGCGGCAUUCUCGGUCCAGUCGAGCCCCCCCGUUGUGGAACCGGCCGCGCCCGAGGAGGCGCCUUCUGAUUCACCCACCUUAGAGGCUGAACCUUCGGCAACCGCGGAGCAGCCGUCGUCGUGA